AUGAGUGAUCCAAUUGAUUUGAGUGGGGAUGGAGGUGUCUUGAAGAAGAUACUCCGAAGAGCAAAACCUGAUGCUGUUGCUCCGUCUGAGAGUCUUCCGCUUCUUGACGUUCAUUAUGAAGGGAUUCUUGCUGAGACCGGUGAAGUUUUUGACACCACAAAUGAAGAUAAUACAAUCUUCACCUUUGAGUUGGGCAAGGGAUCUGUGAUUAAAGCUUGGGAUAUUGCACUGAAAACCAUGAAGGUUGGUGAGGUUGCACAAAUAACUUGCAAGCCAGAAUAUGCAUAUGGCAGUGCUGGUUCCCCUCCUGAUAUUCCCCCCGACUCGACACUAAUAUUUGAGGUUGAGUUGGUGGCUUGCCGACCUCGUAAGGGCUCUAGUCUAAGCAGUGUGUCGGAUGAGAGAGCUCGGCUGGAGGAACUUAAGAAGCAGAGAGAAAUUGCAGCCUCGGUUAAAGAGGAAGAAAAGAAGAAAAGAGAAGAAGCAAAAGCUGCUGCGGCCGCUAGGAUUCAAGCCAAACUUGAGGCCAAGAAAGGUCAAGGCAAGGGCAAGGGUAAAGCUAAAUAA